AAGUGAUAGGCUAAGAAUGAGAUACUUGAGAAAGAUCUCUUGGUCGUUGAUUUAGUUGCAGCUGCUACAUCAGCUACUCUUUUCUCCUGUCCUCUUCUUGAAGCCCUCACCUAGUAAUCCUAAUCCUUCAUUGAUUCAAUACACAGUCGGGAUGAAAAAAAUGGAUCGUCGUUUUUCAUUUGUCCUUUCAAGAAGCAGUGCUCUGGUCCUGACGUUGACCAUUGUUGGCCUCACCAGAUGUGGAUGUCUCGCAGCGAGUCUUAAUAGUGCGCGAGGCAGCACCCCACGUGCUGCGCCACCAGGAGCUAGUCUAGCUCUCAGUCCAGUAGGAGCACCAGCAUCGUCACCGUCGAUUUCAUUUUCGUCUUCCGAUAUUGGCAAACCAUUACCGUUGAGUCCGCCAACGACCACAGAGUCUUCGAUAACAACAGCAGCAGGCUCAUCUCCGUCUGCUGCAUCUUCUCACCUCACCCGGGUCCUCGCAGCCGCAGCUGCUCUAGGCACAAGUGGUGGCUACCUGGCACGUGGUAGGACGGGUAGUGGAGAUAGUGGACGUGGAAGUUAUCGAAAACACCAAGCAAGCGGGGAUACCAACACCUCCGCUACAAGACUCCUCACCUUGCCUGCCUCAACCUCUACUACUUUGUCCUCUACUUCCAAGAAUGCUUUACGUUUGCCUAUAUCAGCUGCGAGAAAAACGACAGGCAAAGUGACUAUGAGACAGCAAGGUCCUCGCGACAGCGAUAGCUUGUGGCCGCGAAGCAUGAAAAAAGUAGAAGGGACUUUUCAGGGAUCAUCUUCAAGGAGUCAGAUUACAAAAGCGCCAACACCAUCUACCUCUGAUUCAACAGACACCUCCUGUCCAGCCGACCUCUUAUACGGCGCUCCUAUGCGUUUUUUGAUCCUACUCGAAAUCGGACCGACCCAGCAUAAAGUAGCCCUUGCAGCUGUCAGUGAAAAACGUGUUGAACAAGUAUUUUACACUCGCGAAGUCCCUAUGGAUUGGGGUAGCGUCUUAUAUCAAGAAUUCAACAUCAACGGCGGAGCGGGUGGAGAUGGAAAGAACAACAAGGGCGUAAGUAGUAGUUCUCAAACGUCGACAUCGUCAGGUGGAAGUUCAACAUCAACAACAGCAUCUGCGCCAACAAGAUCACCCUCAUCAUUUUCGGCCAUGUCCGUUGAGGAAAUCGAAGAGAUGAUCGCCGACUACGAACGUCGAAACGAGGACGAAGAACUCUCGAAGGGUCUCCAAGGUCUGCUACGAAGCUUCGACCGUCUCGAGUUAGACAUCAAGAACGAACUUGUGGAUCACGAGGGACAACAACCUGGUGGGACAAAGCCGACAAAACACAUGGAACAACUGGCGGAAGUUAUGGAUGGUCUUGGUGGUGGGGAUCAUGCUAAAGCUACUGUACUACCUAAUCAUCCAAGAAUGGAACAAUAUUUGAAGUAUUUUUUGCAUUUGCCAAUUUAAAUCACAGUCAGUGAGUGUGAAAACGAAAAAAGACCACAAUAGACGUGACGUCCAUCAAGACCAACUAUCCGCAGAUGCAUUUUCCUUUCAAUUUUCUGUCUCUGCACCUCUAUAUCUUCUAACAACAUCGGCAGGAACCCUGACGGCGAUGCCCAGAAGUUGGGAGCAGCGAACGCAAAGAGGCUCAUCGAGGCCUUCGAGGCAAGCGUUGAGAUCGUGCAAGAAUUGGUUGAGGGAGCAAAGGAUGCCCUCGAGAUCUACUGUGGAGGCAGUGUGAAACAGGUAUUGAGCCCUAGUUUGAGGAAUUCUACUUACUCAAAAAUUUCCAGUCUGAAGACAUAAGAUUGGAAGUGUCAUUUUUUCCGACGCGUCACCUUCACGAUUACUCAGGUCUCCAUCCGCGCCCGCGGAACAGGCAGAUUCUGGUCUUUCGGAGGUACGAGCAAAUCAGGAGUCGAAAACCUUGAUGCGAUGAGGCGAACGAGGAGCAGCGUCAUGCGCGACGCCUAUUGGACCUUUUUGUAUAGUGAAACAGGCAUUGACGACUUCGAAGUGGUCACUCCGGAACAAGAGCUUUCCCUCAAAUUUAGGGCCUAAAAAUAUGCUAGUUCUUUUGAUGAACGAAGUCGGACUAAGUAAGAGGCAUGUUAGUUGGAGGUGCUUCCUGUCAAAAGGAAAACUAACACUACGAAGAUAAAAACUUUGGAAGACGACUACUUUGGAAGAUGAAAACUUUGCGAAAGUAACAAGUUCUAAGAAAUAUAGGGCAGCGGCUGUGCGAAGACAAUUGUGGUUUGGACAAGAAGGAACUAAAAUGAAUGGUGCAGGCGGAAAUGCAGUGGAGGUGUACGAGGAUGGGUCCAGUGGCAUGCUGGCAAAUGUUAUGAGCUUGAGAUGUUGCUGUUGGGUUUCAUCCGUUUUAUAGCAUCCCUUUUUUCAUCAGGUUUGGUCUUUGUUUAGACAUAGACUUUGACCUCAAUGAUGUCUAGAACAAGAACAUCAAAUUCAACUUGAACCCUGUAGUUGUUCCGACAUCGUUGUUGUACUCUAACCUAGGCGAUAACUACCUGAACCGUUCUCCGUCUGCCGCUUCGCAACUUUCUGCCCCUCUGUUCGACAUCACCGACGAUAGCAUUCAACUCGCUAGUAUGUGCGGACCGAAGAAGAGAGGCCUCCAUCGUGCAGGCCCUCUGCCUGACCGGUUACACAUCGCCAUGGGUGGAACUGGGGAUGUCGCGGCGCUCUAUCGACGCUUGCUCAAAGAAACUAUCAAUCCGGCGAGUUUAGGCUUCGUGGACAUGUUCAUCCACUACUUGCAAGGGUGGCUUCUGCCUAACGCACCACAGGCGGAAAAGAACGAUGACUUCUUCAUCUCCUGCCAAGUUGAGGAUGUUGACCAAGAAGAUGAGAGUCCUUCUACAACUUCUCGUCCUCCGACCACUAGAACGUCUCCUUCAAGAACCACUGCUUCAUCCACCACACAUCAAUUUCAAUCUCAAGAGGAAUCAUGCAAAGUUGAUGAUCUAGAAGAUCAUCAUUCGGGACAGAAGUCUCCAAAAACAUCACUGCCAUUGGGGACUUCGAAAUCUUCAAAGCCUCAUGUCAACAAGUUUCCACCUCUAGUUCUGGCGAUUGGGCCAAGGGGAGGCUCAGUCUUUGAGCUAGCCAGUGCGCUGAUGGGUCCACGUUUCACGCCGAAGCUGGUCUACGCCUUACUGUCGACUCAAGUAGCGGAAAAGAGGACAGAGUACUAAAUAAACUGCAAUAUCAUGUUUUCCACCAUACUCACUCUACUUCACGACUUUUGCAACCACACAUAGCUCUCCACUCUCCACCACAUGCACAUCCAGGUUCCUCCGCGACAUAGCUUUUCGGUCCAGCAAGAAGCUCUUGAGUGAUGCCCAAAUAGAGGAAGCAGUGCCGCAGUUGUGCUUGCUUUAUGCGGUGAUGUUGAGCUGGGGAAUCGACGAAAUCUUCUGGGAACCUUUGCCGUCUUUCAACAUCGGCUUAGCGGACGAACUGCGAGAAGAACUGUUCUUGCCUUACGGCACCACCAGGAGGUUUUUUAUUGGCACUUAGUAGCUAUGAACUAGUAGAUCCAGCACUACACAUCGUUGUAAUUGUUUCUUGAUCAUCCUCUCGCUCACGCUCUCGUCCUUGUCUUUUCCGUUGACGUUGUCGUGUCCCAGAACGUUAUACCUCCUGCUGAUAGGUUUUUUUUUGCACAACCCUUUCGCUGAUGUUUGCAACAUGAUCAUCGUCGGAUUUCUUCUGACUCUUCCGCUUCUGCUUCAACUCUAUUUCUAACAAUAAGACGAAGAAAAGAACUCCAUCACGUCACUGGGGCUGCCGCGAUUACCUGACUUCGUCGGACAAGAUGAUAAAAUCUUUGACGAGCUUGCAGCUGGGUAUCAUUCGGAUGGAUCUUCUGUAGGAGGUUCUUCGGAAUAAGAAUUUUAGACGUAGACGUUUGGUGGAUAAUGAGAUGGUGAAAGCAUGGAGAAUAUGUUUCUGAAGUGUCCAACGUAAUGGGUGAUUAUGUCUGUGAGUAUAGCCAAUUGAAGUUGUGUUAACACACGAACAACAACAUCAACAUGAUCAUACACAUACUCUUCAACAUUCUAUCUAGAUCAUAACAUGCGACAUUUUGACAUGGUUAUUCCUUUCGUCCAUGUUGUAGUUUUUCAUAGAAUCAAAUGUUUAUCACAGGCAUAAACAUGUUGGAUAUUUUCAUCUACGCAUAUUUGAUAUUUGCGAAUUUGAGAUUAGAGUGUCUACUAACGUUUUUUUUCAAUCGAUUUAUUAUUCAACACCAAUUUGCAACCUAUUGACUUUUUGGUACGCUUCCUCCGUAUUUGUCUUCCCCGUUUCUCCCUCUCCAUAUCGUCCCAUUGCCGCAUGCAGAUGCAUAUCACAAUCACUUUAAGGUUCACGGUCUUGUUGAAAUUGUAACUAGGACUUCAGGUGGCGAAGCCUAAGGAUUGAGCUAGUAUCGGCACCACCGUCUUUUUUUAGUCUGCAAAAACUAAAAUCAGUCUCGAAUCGCGGAUCCAUAGCCAUAUCACAUUUCGAUGAGAACUAUACUUUUUCGUAGGAUUUUCUCCCAGUCAUCUUAAACUUAAAAGCUGCUUCACGGUAUUCAUCUUCGCACUGUAAAUGACUUUUACCAGCAGGUCUUGGUCUUCCCAAUCAUCUUUUUCUUGGGAAAUAUACGCAGAUGGGUGAAAGAGAAAGAACAAAGAGUAUCACAAUCACGACUUUUCUUGAUGAUCUGAGUCACAUUUUGAUGGCAAGCAAUUCUGCUUCGGACCACUCUAAAAAAUUCGCAGUGCCGUUUCUCGG